UUUAUGAAAAAAAGGGAUUUUCGGCGAGCGUAUAAUUUUGCCGAAUAAUCAAAUGAAAUGAAAUUUUCGUAUACAAGUCAUCUCAACACUUCUUCCAACAUUCUACGCUAGGUUAGAUCAUCCAAACGAACCUAUGGUGGUCAUAUUAACGCAAUAGAAAUUUAACUUUGAGAAGUGAACAUAGUUAAUUAUGGGUUCGCUGAAUCUUAUCUGCCCAAUGUGUUGUGGUGAAACUUUUAAUAAUUCUGAGUCUCUCAAAUACCACUUGUUAAGUAUUACGGACAAUCUCUAUUGUCCUGGCUGUUCACAGCGUUCUGAUUCUGUGGCAGCGCUCAUUCAGCAUCUUGAUAAAUGCAAACAAGAUUUGGAGCGCAAGGUGAGACUUGACGUUCUGACAGAUAAACUCCGGAAAGAGACCGAAGCCAAAAUGGAUGCUAAAGUGAUUAAUCGAAGCUUUCUUGCGACUGUGAGUGACAAUGGAAUUGUUAUAAUGGGUGAUCCACAGACGAUACAAAUGGAUGAGAAUGGAGAAAUUAAAGUCAUAGAAAAGAUGGACACGGAAGAAAUACAACCAGAUCAAAAUUCUUUGGAUUUCAAGAUGUCUGAAGAGCUUUGUGGAGUUAGUGACAGAGUACAAAAAAGACUACAGCCAAUGCAAGAAUUAAUAGCUGUUCCUGUAUCAAACUCCAGUACAGAAUCCAAGGCACUGACAGAAAAGAGCGUAAUUGCUGUAUUACCGGAAAAUUCCGAGUUUCUGGAUGCCACUACCUUGAUUGACGUUGACCGUAUAAAUGAGGCAGAAGAGAUGGAUGAAGCUGGUCUUCUGCAUGUCAAGCAAGAACUAUGUGAGAUGGAAUCUGAUGCUGUAUAUAGCUGCACUAGCUGUGAAAUCAGUUUCAACUCCAUUCUAGAACAUAUCAAACAGUUCCAUGAUGGUCAGGAAGUAUUGCUCGAAAUGGCAGAGCAGUUAAACGAUCUGUCGACGCCCACGAACCAAGUUUCCGCAAUACCAGAUUCAAGUUCUGAAAACAUAGUAAAUGCACGACAACGGCAAACAAUGAACACGCUGCGUACAGAGGAAUGUGUAGACAAUGAGGGUAGGUUCUACACGAGAAAAGUAGUGCAAAUUGAAAGAUUCUGGGACCGUACACCAAUCCAGAUUACAUCGCAAUCAACAAAAGCUCCGAUGAUUGAGAAGUUCUUUUCGAAUGUGGAAGGUGUUAAGGUACGAGAGAAGCGUUUGGCGACUGCGUCAAUGCGAAUGUACAGAUGCAAUCAAUGCUUGCAGCAAUUCUCCAAGUUAGGAAACUUUCGUGUGCAUGCCUGUGUUCAUGGCAACAAUCGCUGCGAGCACUGCGAUCAAAGCUUCGCGACACUCAAGGCUUUGCAGCUCCAUGUGAAAGUACACGAAGGCGACAUCGAUCCAGGCCAAAAGUCAUUUAUUUGUACCAUUUGUGGAACCGAGUUUUGUUCUCACAAAAGCUUACGUUUGCAUUCGAGAAUGCAUGCUCCGGUAAGGGCCAGACAUGUUGAUGCACCAGAAGGAACUCCUAACGCGACUUUCACUUGUCCAGAAUGUGGUAAAACUCUAUCAGAAUCAUACAAAGAUACACAUAUGGCACUACAUACUGGUGAUUCAGUGACAUGCGCUGUCUGUAAUCGGAAAUUUGACUCCGCGGAUAGUUUAACAAUGCAUGCAGCAGUGCAUAGUGAAAUAGCACUUCCGCAGUCGCCUACUCCGCCUGUUCCUAUUUCAUUCUCAUCGACCAAAGAGACGGCAGUAACAACAACAACGACAAUGGCGACGACGAUUGCAAUAACGUCAACAACGAUGACAGCAACGACGACAACAGCGACAGUGGAAAGUAGUGAUAGCCAGAAACCCUAUCAGUGCCAGCAUUGUGGUCGCAGAUUUACCAGACCUCACGAAAAAGUGAAACAUGAACGAAUUCAUACUGGGGAGAAACCACAUGCUUGUGAGGUUUGUGGAAAGACUUUUCGCGUGUCCUAUUGCCUGACCUUACACAUGCGUACACAUACCGGCGUGCGGCCUUAUGCCUGCCAGCACUGUGGUAAACGAUUCAAGGCAUCCUCCGUCUAUAAUCAUCACCUGCUAACACAUGGCGAAGAGCGCGCUUAUAUGUGUCCGUAUUGUCCGAAGACGUUCAAGACACGAGUGCAGCUGGCUGGUCACAAGAACAGCCACACGAAGCCAUUUCGAUGUACAGAGUGCUCGCGACCAUUUGCAUCGCUGUACGCCGUUCGCGCGCACAUCCAAACGCACAAGAAAGAUAAUAAUCUCAAGUUUAGCUGCUACAUAUGUGGUGCAUCAUAUGGUCGGGCUUUCGCUCUAAAGGAUCACCUGAAGCAACACGGUCAGAAUGUGCUGGCACCACCAGAACCUGCACGGGAAGAGGAAGUACACGAGGACUUUCUCCUCAAGGAAGAAGGAACCGAUCUCGUAGUCCCAUCGGCUUCGCUUCCUCUCGUCACGCAUCCCUCCGAUGUGGAUGAUACCGAUUAAAAUCAAUUAUUAUUGCAAUUCGAGUCUAGUCGAAUCUUAGUGCGUGAUUACAAGAUUCACGAAUGAUAUGGUCGCUGUGUUGAUCUGUGAGUCGCUUUCGUGGAUCUGUGAGUCUAUCUUUGUUUUAGCGAUUAUAUGUUCCAUGAGUUAUUGCAUAAGCGAUAACGAAUUU